GAAAAAAUUUAUAUUACAGUGUGAGUGAAAAUAAGAAUAUUUUUACUCUCUAACACUUGAUCAUAUAAUAAUCCAGAUGUAAUUCGAAUCCUCUGCGAACGUUUUUCUUAUUACUUUCCUUUUUCAUACGCAGCUUAGAUGUCGAACAUAACACAAGUUAUUAAUUGUUUUCAAUUGAUAUCAUAAAUAUUCGUGUUCCUUUUUUUUUUUUCUUUUUUUUUUUAACUUGCCAAUAAUUAUUUGUACAAUUUAACUGGAAUAACAAGUAUAUUUAGUGAAAUCAUUAGUAAAACAAAAGUGAAAUAAAGCAGAAUAGUGAUAAUAAUACAAUUGAAAACAAUAUGACUAAAGAAGCAGAUGAGCAUACAGCUUUAAAACCAAAAUAUGAAACGUUUGACGAUAUGCUACCUUGUGUGGGUGAUUUUGGACGAUAUCAAUGGCUUAUAAUGUUAUCUCUUAUUCCCUUUAGUGUAUCAUAUGCAGUUUUAUAUUUUGCACAAUUUUUUUUAACACUCGUACCACAGGAACAUUGGUGUAAAAUAGAUGAACUACAAAAUUUUACAAUUGAAAAUCGAAUUAUAGCUGGAAUUCCACGAUUAAAUGAAUAUCCAUACUAUGACACAUGUCAUCGUAAGGAUUUAAAUUUUACAAAUCUUUUGAAAAUAAAUAAAAAUUUUCAUUCAUCAUUAUGGAAAACAAAUAGAACAAUUCCAUGUGAACGAUGGGAAUAUAAUUUCACUCAAAUACCAUAUGCAAGUAUUGGAGCUGAGCUAGAUUGGGUAUGCGAACGUUCAUAUUUAAUAUCAACGGCUCAAGCAAUAUUUUUUUGUGGCUCAAUUAUUGGUGGAUUUCUUUUUGGUUGGAUUGCCGAUCACAAAGGUAGAAUACCAGCUGUUGUUUAUUGCAAUAUUGCGGCAUUAAUUGCGACAAUUGCAUCUGCAAAUACUGGUGCUUUUUGGUCGUUUGCAAUUUGUCGAUUUUUUUCUGGAUUUGCCUUUGACAAUGUGAUAAAUAUCCCUCUCAUCAUUGUUAUGGAAUAUGUGGCUGUGAAGAGACGCACAAUGGUAGUGAAUGUUGCAUUUGGAGUUUAUUUUGCAAUUGCAAGUACAGCAAUACCAUGGAUUGCUUAUUAUGUUGCAAAUUGGCGUUAUUUUGCAUACGUUAUAUCGGUGCCAUUUUUUUUAUCCUUAGUUACUCCCUGGAUAUUACCAGAAAGUGCAAGAUGGUUUAUUUCAAAUGGAAAAAUAGAUCAGGUGUUAAUGAAACUUAGAAAAAUUGCCAAAAUUAAUGGUAUGAAUCCACAUCCACGAGUUUACGAGAUUUUUACAUUAAAUGUAAAGGCAGCAUAUAAGGAGAAAGAAUCUGCAACGCUCUUACAUCUUUUUAAAACUCCUCGUUUGGCUAAAAAUAUUAUACUACUUGUAGCUCUCUGGACUUUGACAGUGAUUGCGUUUGAUGGGCAUGUGUAUUCAUUGAAACUAUUGAAAACAUCGGUAUUUGUUUCCUUUUCUUUGGCUUGUGCCACAGAACUUCCUGCUGGAUUACUGUUGACUUUGUUGCUCGAUCGCUGGGGGCGUAGAUUUUGUGCAUUCAUCACAAUGACACUGACAAUGCUCUUUAGCUAUGCUGAAUUAAUUUUAGUUCAUGAUACUGCUGUAUUGACAAUGUCUGUGUUAGCACGAUUUUGUUUGAAUAUGGCAGCAAACGUUGGUUUACAAUAUGCGGCCGAAUUAUUACCAACACCAGUUCGAGCUCAAGGCAUAGCUUUGAUUCAUAUUUUUGGAAUUUGCGCACAUUCCGUAGCUCCAUAUGUUACUGAUACCGCAGUUUUUUGGACUGGAAUGCCAAUGGCAAUAAUUGGUACAGUUUCUCUGAUUUGUGCAAUUUUGGCACUUUUUCUACCAGAAACAACGGGACGCCAUUUGCCACAAACAUUGGAGCAAGGUGAAAAUUUUGGAAAAGAUCAAAAAUUUUGGUCUCUACCUUGUUGUGGAAGUGAUAACAAAUAUUAAAAUAAAAUAGAAACAUAAUUGUCUAGCACAAAUUGUUAUAUAAUUAUAGGUUUAUUUUUUUUAUAAUUUUUUUUUUUUUUUUUUUUGUUACUCAUAGUCUAAGUUUGUUAUAAAUUAACGAAAAAAAAAGAAAGAAAAUGCGUCAUUAAUAAAUUCUAAAAAAAAAAAAAAAAAAUUAAAAUACAAAA